UUGUGCCACACCAACAAUCCCCCAUUGCCGUGGUCUGUCCAGACCCUUGCCGGCUCAGUAAGCAGAGCCAAGGACGGCGUCUCCAGAUGACUUGGAUAUUCUCUUUUUUUUAAUGGAACUCCCGUGUUUGCUGGAAAAUAUGUAGGAGAAAUCCUUGCCAAAUCUCCCCGAUCUUCUUCCUUUGAUCUCCGGACAGAUGUAUUGAUGAGCCAUGUUCGACCUAGGCAGGUCUUCGGAUUUAUUCGGCCACAAUGCCCAAGGCACGAGAAGGCAAACCUCUCCAGUUCGACCGCGGGCUUCUGGGCGGACCGUUACGGGCAAGUGUUGGCGGGUCUUGGCCGCUUUAUCCUCGCCUCGUGCUAGGCCACACAGACGGUGUGUGCUGCUGGGCGUGCUCUAUACCUUGGUCGGUAUCUCGGUGAUAUCGACUUUCUCCGUCUGGUCCGCUGUCAGCCGGAACGGGGAGCAAGGAUCUAGGACAGCAGUUGAUAGGCGGGCAAUGGCGGAACAAAUGAGGAGUGAUUUCACUAAUGUUACGGUCAACCGCACAGCUGCUGAACAGCGCCCUCUGGUGUUCAAAGGCGUCGCGAAUAGUCUGGGAGAUUUGGCUGAUCUUUUCGCCAUUCGACCGGCCAAUGAAAAGACGCUGGGCAAAAAGGAAGUGAUGGAAGAUGCGCCAAAGAAAGUUGAGGAGAAACCUCACGAGUGUUCCGUGAAGACCGUCUGUCCAGAGCUGGAAAUUCCUAAUUUAAUUGAAAAGCGGUCCCUGAAAUUGCAAGACAUGCCGAUGAACGGAUCGGUGUGGCAAGUCCUUGGCAAGGAUCGCCAACGGGUCCAGCGCGUCGUGGACACGGGCAACCGUGAGCUGCAAGACCUGCUUGAGAAAGCCGCUCGGUACAAUUCAUCUGUACGCAUACCCAUCGCGGAGAGUCUGGCGCCGCUGGGUCUGAGGAUCAGUAACUAUACCUAUCUGCCUGGUGGGCACUGGAAACCAGACAACUGCUUGCCCAGAUGGAAGGUUGCGAUUAUCUUUCCCUUCCGUAACCGCUCGUAUCAUCUGCCUAUUGUGCUCCGGUAUCUGACACCAAUGCUGCAGAGGCAACUGCUAGAAUUCGCCUUUUAUACAGUGAACCAGGAGAACAGCCUCGCUUUCAACCGUGCCAUGCUCAUGAAUGUCGGUUUUCUGGAGACGCUCAAUUUCACUCACUGGGAUUGUUUCAUUUUCCACGAUGUGGACCACGUACCCCUGAGUGAUUUCAAUUACUACGGGUGUAGUGGCAUGCCCAGGCAUUUUCUUAGCGGUGCGGACCGGUGGAAGUACAAGUUACCUUACAACAACUUCUUCGGUGCAGUGACUGGUUUCACUGUCGGCAACAUCCGCAAGAUCAACGGCUUUCCCAACGUGUACUGGGGCUGGGGAGGCGAGGACGACGAGAUCUGGGAACGAGUCAAAGAGGUGGGCCUACCCGUGUCUCGUGUCCAGGGACCGCAUGGUUACUAUGAUGUCAUCAAACACCAUCAUGUCAGCGCGCCACAGUUGAAAGACAGAAUGCAAUUAUUGAAAAGCUUCAAGCCUCGCUUCAGGCUCGAUGGGCUGAACAACCUCAAGUACAAGAAACCUCACAUUGAAUUGCACGCCCUCUAUACAAAUAUCUCAGUGGAUAUACAAAAACUCAAAGCUGUCAUACCUAACCAGCAGCCAAAGAGUACCAACGCAAGGGACAAACGAUCCAAGACAACCAUUAACGAGCAGCGGGUAGCAGCCGCCAAAACGGCCCUUGCCAAGGGUCACGUGAACGCCAAGACCGUGUCAGAGGUCAAGAACAAGGCCGCGUCAGCGGUCAAGAGUAACAAAGGCUUGAAACCAGCGGUAAAAAUUAAACCAGGAGAUCCACAAAAGGCUGACGGGAACCAGCCAAACUUGAAUGGACUAGCGGUGGCAGGAGACACAAAACAGUCGUUAAACACAACAGCAAUAAAGAAACAUGAGCGGGCACCGGCCAAACCGGAGAGUUAAUGGCGGGUAAUUACUGGCGCAGUCAGGGAACUAGACAUCGAUCGGUAAUACUUUCUUGCUAGUCUUCGUUUCUAUUCUCGAGUCAAACUGCU